UUAACUUUUUUCCCUCUUCAUAAUCCUUGUUCACCACCUUUUAAUGCCGGCAGGAUGGCCUUUCGGAGCUUAAAUCAUCUUUUACUCCUCAUUGGCCUCCUGUCUUUCUCCCAACCACCAUUACCCGCCAUUGCAGCCACCAGUCACCGCCUCAACCUCCCCCGAAAACUCUCCCAAAAUGUCCCCUUUUUUCGUGAAGCACCUGCCUUCCGCAAUGGCCAACCGUGUGGAUCAUCCCCUAACGACAUUAUUCAUUUAGCAAUGACUCUUGAUACCAAUUACCUCCGUGGGACAAUGGCUGCAAUCUUAUCCAUUUUGCAUAACUCUGGCUGCCCUGAAAAUAUAGUUUUCCAUUUCUUAUGGCUUCGGGUUGAUCAAGAUAUCAGAGCCAAUAUCAAAACCACCUUUCCCUACCUCAACUUCAAUAUAUACCGAUUUGAUUCAAGCUUGGUUCAAGGUAAAAUAUCAAAGUCUAUCCGUGUGGCACUUGAUGAACCAUUGAACUAUGCUCGAAUCUAUCUGCCUGACAUAAUACCGUCUCAUGUUAAACGGAUUAUUUAUUUGGAUUCGGACCUUGUUGUCGUAGAUGACAUUGAGAAGUUAUGGAAAGUUGACCUGCAAGACAAGGUACUAGCUGCACCCGAAUAUUGUCACGCGAAUUUCACACAAUACUUUAAUGACAAUUUUUGGAAUGAGCCCGAAUUACAAAAAAUAUUUUCGGGUAAAGACCCGUGUUAUUUUAACACGGGGGUUAUGGUUUUAGAUGUUGAAAAAUGGAGGGCAGGUGGGUAUUUACAUAAGGUUGAAGAAUGGAUGGUGGUUCAAAAACAAAAGAGGAUUUAUCAUUUGGGUUCUUUGCCACCCUUUUUGCUUGUUUUUGCUGGUAAUAUAAAAGCAGUUGAUCAUAGUUGGAACCAACAUGGUUUAGGUGGAGACAACAUUGAAGGAAAAUGUAGGACAUUACACCCUGGUCCAAUUAGCCUGCUACAUUGGAGUGGUAAAGACAAACCAUGGUUAAGACUUGACUCGGGGAAACCCUGCAUCGUAGACCAUUUAUGGGCCCCGUAUGAUCUAUAUCGUUCAUCGAAACUUAUUUUCGAUGGAUGAUAGAGUUUUAGAUGUUCAUCAAACAGAAAAGGAAGGUCAAGAUGAUUUAGCAGAUUUUUGAUUUCUACGCCAGAAAACAAGAACACGUUUCGUUUUAGGUUGAUUCAGAGAUGCUAUGGUGAAGGAGAGAGGGUGUACUGUUAGAUUUUUCGUGUCAUGUAAUGGCAUCUAUUCAUACAAUUGUCGCAAUGGAGAUAACAAAAAACGUGAAUGGCAGAAGGAUGAAGGUGAGCUAAACAGCAACUAUGUCGAUAUUUCUCUGGAUUUCUCGAUAUGUUUAUUGACACUAAAACAAAAUACAUCUAGAAGAAAUUGUUUUAGCAUUACCAUGUUUGUACCUUAAUCAUUGUUUUAGAUUAGUCAGUUCUUUAGGAGUCCCAUAACCCUCUCUUUUGUACAGCAGUUUCAUUUGUUUCCCUGCAAGUUUGAUUCAAGUAGCUAAAUUCUU